AUGCCUCUCUAUCUCAAGUACAAGAUGGACCAGUCAAGUGAGCGGGAGUUUGAGGCUUCACGGCGAAUGAACUGGAAUGAGUCAAGACUUUCAAGUGCCGAUACCAUCACAUCUCACGCUUGCAAAGCCUCGGACUCGUUGCUACAGACUUUCAAGAGGCCGGAUGUGAAGAUGGAAAGCUACAUACCGUCGGACUUGGCACACUUGUUGAAGUCAAAGUUGAGAACAGCCUUGUAUACAUCGCUCGGAAACAUCCCAGACCUUCCGGAGAAGGAGAGGAACUUGAUUGUUAGCCAUCAUCAACACUCUUUGUGCGACGUCUUGAAUGACCGUGAAGGUCUAGAAGAAGAAAGUGUCUUCCUCAGACACGAUCGCGAGAGUGCUGCCCUCCAUGACGCGAUGAAUGUAGAGAUGGAAAGACAAAGGUCCAUCCUGAUGCAAAAAUUGCGACACAGAAGUCGCGUCAGGCUGCAAUGGCAAUCAAACCAGGCAAGUUCAAGCAAAUCGAACGAGCAAGCGAUGAUGGAGAGGUUUGUCAAGACUUCUCGAGAUGGUAAUUCUUCCUUUUCGUUUCCAUGCGUUGCUGAUACCACUUGUCAAGUGCAACAACGACCGCAGACUUGCAAGUCCAGGCUGAGGCGAGGCACGGAUGAAAGUAAGGAAGCAGCAAACGGAGGGCGAGGGAAUGGUUCAGAUCAAAUCAAGACUGUAUUACAAUCAGCUGUCGAACGAUUGAAGCUGUUUCUUUCAAGUGAAACGACAAGAAAACUUCAACGAAAUGUGAGAAAGGACGAGAAAGGCUUCCAACAGCCUGGAGAUGAUAUCUUUCCCCUUGUUUUACCAAGCAUGAAGGCUGGGAAAGGAGCGAAAGAUUCUUUGCGUGAAGAUCAAGCGAAAAAGAAGACAGACGAUCAUGUUCAAGGUGAGUGGGUUCGAAAGAUAUCAAGGAGGUCAGGAAAAUCAUAUUAUUUGAACACUUUGACCAAGGAAACUCGAUGGAAGAUUCCCAGUGAGUUGCAAUAA